AUGGAAUCGAUUUCAUCAAGCAGUAAAACAAGGGCAAUGCUGAAUUCUCAAACACAAGCUGGCUUUGAGCAAAAUACAAUCAGAAUAGGGCCUCCCGGAUCUCUCAGAGAAGCAUAUAAUUAUUCCUUUGAAAUGAACGCUGUCACAUCUGAAAAUGAAAGUGGCAGUAGUAAGAAAAUCUCCCAUCAUUUAUCUUCAUAUUACGCAUCAGAUCAAUCAAAGCAUGACUCAUCUGACACUAAGCUUAAAGCCGAAGAAUCUAAAAGUAUUGAGAAUUUAGAAUCCAAUAACCCCAUCUCAACCGAUACCAAGCAAGAUAUGCGACGUCAAGAGGACAUAGCCCAAAUAAAAAUCAAAGGUGUUAAUAAACUCGAAACAUCUCAUGAUAUAGAUGGUGAAGAAAGCUCUAGAGACGAAAAAAAAGAGAAUGCUAAAGAGAUUUCUGAGGAGUCUAAAAAUGUGCUCUUUAAAGUUAACCCCUGUGAUAUAAGAGCACUAUUUACGUUUACAAAAAAGAAAAAGAAGGAGAAGAACAAUUGCCUCAUAUACUACGACAUUCUUAUUAAUAAAUAUCCAAACUUUGGAAGUUUAUACGUUAUUAUGGCAAGGGCUUUCUAUUUGUUUAAACUAAAUGACGAAGCAUACAACUCUUGCAACAAAAUUAUUGAAAAAGAGGCUUUUUUCCAAAUGCUUUAUCAAUUGGCUUAUUUUAACCCGCCGUCUAAUGUGAAACUCAGUUUUGGGUGAAGAAAUUACUCAAUAAGCAAGUGGCGCUUUUGUAAUGGCUGCGAGUAUCAAUUUAACUAUCAUAGAGAUACUCAAUACUUAUGCAUGUAUUGCUGCGGUUGAUUUUGUAAAGAUUGUCACAAAAAAGAGGCUCCAGACCAAGAUAUAUGCCAUCACCAUUUUACCUAUAUAAUCAAGCUUUCACAUAAUGACCUUCUUCUAGAUAAUCUCAGAAUUGGAAUUUGGAGAGAUUUCGAUAAGCAAAUCAUCUGUGCAAGUCAAAGAUUAACCUAUAAUCUGCCGUUUGAGCCCGAAAAUGCAUGUGUAGCUUGUCAGGGAAAAAAAUCACCUGUUUGGUACCAGUGCUCGUAUUGCCCUAAAGUGAGCUUUUGCAUACGAUGCCAGCAAAAUUAUGAUUCUUUCGAUAAUUCUACACACUUAGCAGCACUCAAACAUAAGCAUGAAGAUUCGCACGUCAUGAUAAAAAUAGUGAUUCCUAGUUCAAGCAUAAAUCAAUUAUAA